AUGUUGCGCAGCGUGAAGCCGCUUCCAAAGCUGCUGGCUGGACUUGUUCUACUGGCACUGUGUGUGGGGCCCUGUUCCAGCCAGCACUGGUCCUAUGGAUUGCGCCCCGGGGGGAAGAGAAAUGCUGACAACUUGCUGGACUCUUUCCAAGAGAUAGCCCACGAGGUUGACCAACUGGUAGAAGCCCCGCGCUCUGAAUGCAAGGUCCACCAGACUCAUUCUCCCCUGAGGGACCUGCGCACCGCUCUGGAAAGUCUGAUUGAAGAGGAAACAGGGCAGAAGAAGAUGUAAAUCCAUUGGUGGGAGGACCUCAAAUCCUGAAGUAGAACAAUGAAAAAGAAACUUGUGACCCAUUAUGUAUGUAUGGGUACAUCAUGUGACUUUCAGACAUUCCCACACCAAGCUGCCCUACUUCCUAAUAAAGCGA